ACAAGUAGCGCACCAGGAGCAGGACCAGCUGCUCGCUCCCUGCACAGAGCUGACACAGCAGCGGGAGGAAGAGACGUGUGCGCCAGGCCAACUGCCCCGUGAGACGCUGGAGUCUAAACAGGGAGGACGGGGACCACAGCAGAACAGGGCAGCAAAGGAGCAGGGAGCAGCCUGCGCGGGCGUGUCCCAGCAGCGCCUCCGGCACGCAGCGCCCGCCGAUCGCGCCCGGGGCGGGCUCGUGCCAUGGAGGCGGCUGGGAGACACGUGACGUGACUGCGGGCGGAGCAGGGUACGGGCCGCGCGAUCAGGGCCCUGUCUCGGGCGGCGCCGAGGUAACAAUUCAUCAUUAAUCAAGAUGUCCUCAGCACCUGAGCCCGCAAACAUUAAAAAAGAAGCACCCAAAGAGAAAGACAGUCGAAUUCCAGGACUCAGGGGUGUCCGUACAACCACCCUGUUCCGAGCUGUGAAUCCAGAGCUUUUCAUUAAACCUAACAAACCUGUUAUGGCUUUUGGACUCAUAACAAUUACCCUGUGUGUGGCCUACAUUGGUUAUUUACAUGCAACACAAGAGAAUAAAAAGGACCUCUAUGAAGCUGUUGACAGUGAAGGAGCCAGGUAUAUGAGGAGGAAGACUUCCAAGUGGGAUUAAAGAAGCUGCUUAAUAACAGAGAAGGGAAGAGGAGUAAUUGGCAAUGUAGGCACCUGAAUUGUUAAUGUUAAAUUAGGUGUC